UGGAGAAAAGCUGCUCUCCCGCUGGCUGCUAUGACCGAGCUACCGGACGGCACUUUCUGUUUUCAGCACUGACCGCUGCCUUGGAAGAAAAAACACUUUUUUUGCGGCAUUUUUUGGCAACCGUACAUUCAGCAUACCGUCGUUUAUGGUUGCAUUCCCGCGACUUUUUAAUCGUAGCUGCUGGCCUCCGGGGCUAGCUGGCUAGCCGAGCGGUGACAGAGUGGAGCCAGCUGGUCGGACGCAGACACAGGGACGUUAGCAAACAAGCUAAUUAGCCAGAAAGACUGAGCCUGGAUUACUGUGUUUAAUCAAAGACAGCGCAGCUCUGCGGCUUUACUCACUGCGGCAAAAAUGAAGAUAACUGUGGAUUUCGAGGAGUGUUUGAAGGACUCCCCGCGGUUCAGAGCCACCAUAGAGGAAGUGGAGGGGGAUGUGUGCGAGUUGGAAUCCAAGCUCGACAAAUUGGUGAAGUUGUGCAUCGGGAUGAUUGAUGCUGGAAAAGCCUACAAUGCAGCCAACAAGCAGUUUGUUAACGGCAUCCGGGAGCUUGCCCAGCAGUCCACCAAAGAUGAGGUCAUCGAGUCCAGCCUCACAAAGUUUGCCGAGAGCCUGCAGGAGAUGAUCAACUAUCACACGAUAUUAUUCGAUCAGGCCCAGAGAUCAAUCAAGACCCAACUUCAAACAUUUGUCAAAGAUGACCUGCGUAAGUUCAAAGAAGCCAAGAAGCAAUUUGACAAAGUGAGCGAGGAAAAGGAGGCAGCGCUGAUAAAAAAUGCUCAGGCUCCACGCAACAAACAACAUGAGGUGGAGGAAGCCACUAACAUCCUCACUGCCACACGCAAGUGCUUCCGACACAUCGUCCUCGACUACGUCCUACAGAUAAAUGUGCUACAGUCCAAGAGAAGAUCAGAAAUCCUGAAAUCAAUGCUGUCCUUCAUGUACGCCCACCUGACUUUCUUCCACCAAGGUUAUGACCUCUUCAGUGAACUGCAACCGCUUAUGAAACAGCUAGGAGGACAGUUGGACCAGCUGGUGGUGGAUGCUGCCAAAGAGAAGAGGGACAUGGAGCAGAAACACUCCACCAUCCAACAAAAGGAUUUCUCGAAUGACGACACCAAGCUGGAGUACAAUGUGGAUGCAGACAAUGGCAUCGCAAUGGAGGGUUAUCUGUUUAAAAGGGCCAGCAAUGCCUUCAAGACAUGGAAUAGGCGUUGGUUCUCCAUCCAAAACAAUCAGCUAGUUUACCAGAAGAAAUUUAAGGACAACCCUACAGUGGUGGUAGAAGAUCUGAGGCUAUGUACAGUCAAGCACUGUGAGGACAUAGAGCGUCGCUUCUGCUUUGAAGUGGUGUCACCCACCAAGAGCUGUAUGAUGCAGGCAGACUCGGAGAAGCUGCGACAGGCUUGGAUCAAAGCUGUCCAGAACAGCAUCGCCACCGCCUUCCGCGACAAGGGAGACGACGGCGAGAAGCUGGAUAGGAAAUCAUCCACAUCGACAGGAAGUCUGGACUCUGGUGGGGAGCCAAAGGAGAGAUCACUGAAAGGAGAAAGUGCCCUGCAGAAGGUCCUGGCCAUCCCAGGAAAUGCCUGCUGCUGCGACUGUGGCCAGCCUGAUCCCCGGUGGGCCAGCAUCAAUCUGGGCAUCACCCUCUGCAUACAGUGCUCUGGCAUCCACAGGAGUCUGGGAGUGCAUUUCUCCAAGGUUCGCUCUUUGACUUUGGAUACAUGGGAGCCAGAACUACUUAAGUUGAUGUGUGAACUGGGCAACGGAGUGAUCAACCAGAUCUAUGAAGCUCGGCGAGAGGAGCUGGGAGCCAGAAAGCCACAGCCAGGAGACCCGAGACAUGAGGUAGAGGCCUACAUCAAAGCCAAGUAUGUGGAUCGCAGAUUCAUCCGCCGGCCGUCGGAUGAGGAGCUUCGCAACAAAGUGGUUUCUCUGAGCAAACAGGAGAAGAGGCUGAGCAGCAGCUCUGAGCAUCUGCCACCGAGACCGCCUCCACCCACCCCGAAACUUCGACCCGCUUCUAACGCCUCUGGACAGUCAGUAAAGAGUGCAGACAGCGGCAUUCAGAACAGCGCUGAUGGGAGCAGGGAGAUGCUGGUCACCACCCCCUCCAAUAACAGCCUGACGGAUGCAGAUGCUGCUGAGUCUCCGCCCAUGCCCAUGCCCGCCACACUGCCUCCUCCGUCACCCUGUAAGGAGAUGGUCUUCUACGAGCCCAAGGAGUACAGUCCGGGUCUGCAGCUCUACUGGGCGUCGUGCGCCCGCAGCCUGCCGGACAUGGCGGAGGCUUUAGCCCACGGAGCUGAGGUCAACUGGGUCAACACAGACGAAGAGAAGAGGACGCCGCUCAUCAUGGCGGUGCAGGGGGGUUCGCUGGUCACCUGUGAGUUUCUGCUCCAAAACGCAGCAAAUGUGAACCAGCAGGACGCUCAGGGCCGAGGACCCCUCCACCACGCCACCAUGCUGGGACACACAGGGCAAGUGUGUCUGUUCUUGAAAAGAGGAGCAAAUCAAAAUGCUGCAGACAUUGAUGAGAAAACGCCCCUGACCAUAGCAGUGGAGGCAGCCAAUGCAGAUAUUGUCACGCUGUUGCGACUGGCCAAGAUGAAUGAGGAGAUGCGGGAGGCGGAGGGGCCUUACAGCCAGUCAGGAGAUGAAACCUACCAGGACAUCUUCCAGGACUUCACCCACAUGGCCUCCAACGAUCCGGACAAGCUGAACCGCUACCAGCAGUACGACUCCCAGCGACCCUGACACGCCGCCGGAGCGCCGUCCACCAGCGGUCAGACAGACUUCACAGAAACUCAAAGAUGCCUGGAAUGACGUCCACUUUCCCCUCCAGCAUCAUUCAGAAACUACUCUACAGCAGCCGUGCUUAGCUGUGGCAGACACACGUAUCUACAGCUCCCUGUCAUCACGUUAAUUUUAUUUGUCGCUUCAGUCAAGUGAAGGGGAACGUCUGUGAAUGGACCUCGCUUUUUUAAAAAAUCUUUUUAACCUUCUCAGCCUAUUCCAUUCACUAAAUGGUACAGUGUUAAAGCCUUUGAUUUGCUGCGAAGGCACAAGUCGAGUGAUGAUUGAACUUGGUCUGAAUGUAGAGCUGCCAUCGAGGCUGUCAGUUAUUUUGACCCAGUUUCAUUUUUCAUGUUCCUGAUAGAAUUUUCUUUCUUUUUUAAGUAUAUCAAAAAAGUGUGCUGCAUCAGUAAAGAGCUGUAAAGACAAGUAAGUACACGACAGACUGUUAAAGACGUCAUUUCAUUUUUUUUCUUCAGUAGGAUUCUCCGUAUGAGCAUCGUUUUUGUAUCAGUCUUGCUUUAGAGAACUCUCCGCAGCAGCCUUAUACGCGGCAAUACGCUUUUACUUAUUUGCACAAAAUCGCUUUUUCUUAAAUCGCCACCGAUGUUUACCAGUUUUCAUGGUAACUUUGACACGUUAAACAGUGUACAGUGCUCACGGAAGCAAACCUGUUAUUGAUUUAUCUGUAAUGUUAAAUAGAUAGUAGUCGAUUUGAAUGGA